AAUUUACAUUUCCGCCGAGUUUCACAAAGAGCCGAAAUGAAUUGAUAAAAACAUGUAACACGUUGAUAUUCCAGAACUUUUAUGAGGAUUGGUCCUUGUGUUUUAUUCAGUUCAAUGUUCAUAUUGCUGUCCUUUACAAGUCUACGACGUGAAGAAUCAAAGGUACCACAUGACCGUCCCAGAGGACCUCAGCAGACAUGUUGGGAUGAGACCAUUUAAAUAGUUUUAGUGCUGUCUUGUCUCCUUCUGCACUGAAGUGAAGGGGAAAAAAACUCCCGAACAAGUAGCAUAUAUUCCCAACGCAUUAUUCACAUCAGUACAGAUGAAGGUUCAGGAGAGGAAACUAGUUUAUACAAAUCACCCCGAGACGGUCACAAGUUCAGGGAGUCGACGGUGGUUUUCUAUUUGUUCUGCAGUUGGUGUUUUGUACCGCCAGGCGUUGUUUUGAGAAGGGCGGUUACGACAGAAACCGGGCGACGUGGAAGCGUGGAGAGAAUGAUCAUGUACGCGCGUCUCGCUUGUGAUCAACAGGGCUUUUCCCAAUAGUUUUUAAAAACGGAUUUUCAGUAUAGAUAAAGGUGUAUUUUAAAUAGUAGAGAGGAUAAAAAACAACUGACAUUAUUAAUAUCGUGCAUAAGAUAAGAUCUAUAGCCAUGGAUGAGGCAAUAGCGAUUAUUUUAAUAUCCGUUGCGAUGUUUUUGGGAUGUUUUCUAUUAGGUUUGAUUCCACUUCAGAUGAAACUGUCCGAGAAAAGCCUACAGUUUGUUAGUGUAUUCGGGGCAGGCCUGCUCUGUGGUACAGCUCUAGCUAUCGUCCUCCCAGAAGGGGUGGAACUACUGGAAGAGUCAUGGAGAGUCUCCUCCUGCUCUGUCGCCCCAGCAGCAGCCAAUCAGAAUGCCAGUGAUGUUGGGGUCAGGCAGCAGCUCCAGGAGGAGGACCCCCCCUCUAAAGGUCUCCCAGCACGGUUCUUCAUCGGGGUCUCCCUGGUCGUAGGGUUCAUCCUCAUGUUCCUGGUGGACCAGAUCAGUAGCUACUGCUCCGGACACGAUCCACGGACUGGGAUGUCGAACAGGACCAGUAUCACAGCUACACUGGGACUGGUUAUCCAUGCUGCUGCUGACGGUGUAGCGUUAGGUACACACGUGGCUUUCUCUCCCAGGUCACAGUUCACAGCUCACUGGGACUGGCUAUCCAUUCUGCUGCUGCCAGGUCAGCUGUCUUCUCCCAGGUCCUUCUGCAGAGUGGUGUUCCUGGCUGUGAUUCUGCGUCUGAGAGUCCACUGCGUUUCAGAUCUACUACUGGAGGCUCCUACAGCGUUUGGUCUGGUCACCUUUCUGAUGCAGGCAGGUGUAGAGAAGAAGCAGAUUCAGAAGCAUCUCUUGGUGUUCUCUGCGGCAGCACCUGUACUCUCCAUCGGUACAUACUUUAUCCUGAACGCGAGUGGUGGUUCGCCCCAGAACCGUCUGAGUGCUACAGGUGUUGGGAUGCUUUUCUCCGCCGGGACGUUCCUCUACGUAGCUACGGUCCAUGUACUACCAGAGAUCAGCACCAGGGGGCAGCAGAGCUCUCCCCACCUCCACGGGACUGGGAGCGGGCAGCUGGAGGUCCUGGAGAGCCUCACGCUGAUACUAGGAGCAGGACUACCUGUGUUACUGGCCCUGGGACUACGUGAUGACUAGUCUUGUGAAUCGACGCUUUCCUACCAAAUCUUGUUCAUAACUCAGCUAUUGAUAAUGAACAUUGAGAGUGAAUGUGAAGGAAGCCUGGAAAUCAAGUCUAUAACUAAGACCGACUAGUUAACGCGAAGAAGACAACCCACAACAUGUUACCAAACAUUAAUUUACACUGGAGUACACCUCAACUCUUACACAGCUAGAGAUAAAUUGAGGGUGUUUCUGUGUGAUGCAGUGCGUGUCAGUGUCUUUCUCUGAGAGGUCAUAAGGACAUGGGCUUUGAGCAAGCCAACAAAGGUAGGAAUAGUGUGUGUGUGUGUGUGUGUGUGUGUGUCUGUGUGUGUGUGACUCUGGUGUAUAGAGCUUUUGUAAUAGUUUGUCUUGUCUGAAAAGAACAUGAACCAUUUCUUGUAAGUGGACCCGUUUUCAAAAUAACCCCAGUUUCCUGAUGUCCUUUGUACCACUACUGAACAAACAAAACAUUUGUUUAUUUAUUUAAGUUAGCCAAAACCAAAUCCCCAAAACCAGAUUGUAAUCAAAUGGAUAAGAUUUCGUCUUUUGUAAUUUCUGAGAAAUGUUUUGGCUGGCUUGUGUAAGGUACUGAAGUAUUCAGGGCAGGUUGUGAAAAGCUAAAA